AUGUUACACUUACCCCAGAAAGCGUUGGUCACAGGUGCUUCAAAAGGUUUAGGCUGGGCAAUUGCUCAAAAGCUUGCCUUGAAGGGAUGCUCCGUUACAUUACUAUCUAGAAAUGAGGCAUUAUUAAAGAAAAAUGUUGAAAGACUUCCAAAGGUGCACUCUUCACAAGUUCAUGGAUUUAUACCGUUUGACCUUGCACAGUUGAUAAAACCAGAUUUAGGCGAAGAAGACAUGAAUAACAUCUUGAAAGAAUUAAAGGACAUAUCUAUUUUGGUCAAUUGUGCUGGUGUGACAAGUCAUUACUUAUUGCCAAGGAUGGAGACCAGAAUGAUCGACCUCAUCAUUGGUUUGAACUUAACUGCUCCAAUAAUAUUAAGCAAAUUAGCAUAUAAACCUAUGAUUGCAACUUACAAGAAAAACAGUCAAUCAUCCAGCAUUUCAAAACCCCAGAUUUUGAACAUAUCCUCUAUAUUAUCAUUCACUGGCUUGACAGUUCCAGGAACUGCUGUCUACGCAGCAACAAAAGCGGGAUUGCUUGGUUUUACAGAGUCUUUAUCGGCAGAGUUUAAAGGAAGUAUACGUGUAAACGCUAUCUUACCUGCUUUAAUAGAGGAAACUGAUAUGGGAAAGACCGCAAAGAGUAGUGAUAAGAUCCCCAAGAUUACAUUAGCACAAGCUGUAAACAAGAUAAUUGAAGUACUUGAGGACGAGUCACUCGAUGGAAAAUGUAUUUCUAUUGUUGGAGACGAGUCUAGAAUCCUAAAAUGUCAAUGA